CUUAUUAAAUAGUUAACUAGUUUAAUGGCAGCGCUUGCCCCUUUUGGAACUGACUCACAACCGAAUACGCGGGCUAUUCUAAAAGGAGGCAAGCUGAUGUAUGUACCAUCCUAUACCAGUCAGCGGGAGAAGAGCGAAAAAUUAAUGCAUGAGUAUGAGGGGGACGUGCCAUUCUAUCCUCCAUCAGUUCGCGAAGAGAUAGGACAGCCUCUGUGGGUUAAACGCAGUCCUUUGCCUCCCAUUUCGGGCAAAUUGCCCAAUGGUCCCUUCAGAAUGCGUGAGAAGGAGCGGUCUGAUGGUCACUACAUGGAUGGAGUGAAGUGGAAGCCGGAGAAGAUCAACAGUAAUGCUGACAUGAGUCAAGCCAUACAGGUUAAACGUCUGCUUGAAGAUUGGCCUCGUGAAUACCUUAAGAAAAUUUAUCUGGCAGUGGCUGAAAACUUCGACAGAGGUCUGACGGACCAAGUAUACAGGGGAGAUCUGGCGAGUGUCUGCAUUGCGUGCAAACUGCCACUGACUGCCAGAGUUUUGGAAAAGCUCUUCGACCGUUUCUCUCUCGUGCGAGAUCCGAACAAUGUUGACUACAAAAAACUGCUGAUCUAUCUGGACACUGUUUUUGAGAUUGCCGAAUAUAAAAAGAGGCCAGUCGGAGGAAGUGUUGCGGAGCCUUUCGCGUUUCCUCUGCCAGCCCCAAGUCAACAAGCUGCUCUGGAAAAUGGAGCUCUAGCACAGACUUUCCGGGAAGUCCAAAACAAGUCAUCAAAUGGACAGCUGCCAACUGAAAAGAUAGACCAGUCAACUUCUACCUGGACUCAGAACGUACAAAAUAGAGAUCAUCAUGCAGAUAAGAUCAGAGACAGAAAUGAUCUCGAUCAGUUUCCAGUGACGGAGGAGUAUGAAGUGGCAAGAGAAGAUAACAGAAACACGGAAGCGCCUCAUACACACUUCACUGAACAGAAAGAGUUCCCUCAUAACCAGAAUGGGCAUCAUCAACAAAAUGAGGAUCCUCGAGAAAAGCCAAUGUCUCCGAAGCCAUCAACGCCCCAGAAAAAUACCAAAAUGGACAGCGAGGAUGCGGAGCUGCUCACUCUUCUGGUGUCACACCUGUCCAAGAAGGGCCGCAACAUCAGUCUAGAUCAGAUCAAGAAGGCCUUUUACGAUGCAGACACCCAAAAAACUACAUUCCUAUCCAGGCGCAAGGUAAAGGACAUCCUGCGCAAGAACUCUGUGUCUCUCGACGAGUGGCUGUUAGAUGCCUUCCUCAACCGAUGUGACAUAGACAACACAGGAUACAACUCAUGCUGGAUUUCAAUUGUCGAGUUCCUCGAACGAGUGCAGCCUUUCACGCUCAAGAAGGCACCUCUCUCGCCAACCAACCAGAAUGCUCCGCCCUCAAACAUACCGUUACAAGAUCAUGCAGUCCCAACUGAAGCUCUAAAUCAGAACAAUUACUAUUCAGAACAAGUGAACUCUUAUGAUCCGCAGGAUUCGAACCAUCUAGGCAACGGAGGUUCUGCGAAUAGAAUGCCCUACAGCAGGCAUGUGGAAGACCAAUUACAGCGGGAGGAAAAUACUCACAACUAUGCCGGGUUCGAGGAUAGACCCCCGCCGGAUUAUCGGAUUGGCCAGGAUCAGAUAAACGGCGGCGGUCCUGGGACAACCGAAGACAUGCAGUCGAGAAUCCAGAAUCUGACCAGGGCCCUAAAAAGUGUAGACAUAGACCAAACGGGCUACGUGGGAAGUGAGGAGGCGCUGAGACUGUUGAGGAAUUAUAACACAGUCUAUCAGUUGGGCAUGGACGAGUUCGACCUCAUGCGUCUGGUCCAUAACUCCUCCCACAAUGGACAAGUGGUCGUAGAUUCCCUCUGUGACAGUCUCAGGAUAGAGAACAACAAACAAUGCAUGGCAAAUAACUAAUUAGUUGAUUAGUUAUGAUUAAAAGGUAGUUUGCGAUUGAUCGCACUACUUCUGGCGUGGUUCUGGUAUCCUUUAUGAUUGCCUUAUCGCUUAAGCCCUUACCACCAGUGUGAAAGCGGACACUAUUUGACUUCAAAAAAGGUUAAGAACUGUAUAUAAAUUUAGUUAUUACUUGAAAAAAUAUGUUUCUUCUGUAAAUAUGAAUGUUGAUGUAAAUAUUUUGUUGAAAUUGUAAAUAUUUUAGAUACUUUAAAAAUAUUUU